AUGGACGUGUUCGUCAUGGUCCGGCGCGGCAAGACCACCAUCUUCACUGAGGCCAAGGAGUCGAGCACCGUGUUCGAGUUGAAGCGCAUCAUUCAGGGUAUCCUCAAGCGGCCGCCGGAUGAGCAGUGGCUGUACAAGGACGACCAGCUUCUGGACGACAGCAAGACAUUGGGCGAGUGUGGUUUCACCAGCCAAACGGCACUGCCUCAGGCCCCAGUGACCGUGGGGCUAGCCUUCAGGGAAGAUGAGGCGUUUGAAGACGUGUGCAUCGAGCCCUUCUCCAGCCCACCCAAGCUGCCAGAUGUAAGGAAGCCACAGGACUUGGGAAGCAGAGCAAAUGGACAAGCUGUGCAGUAA